AUGAGGCCCAUCAUCAGCUUCAUCCUCCUUGCCUUUGUCACAACCACACACCAAGCGGUAUCCAAACCUGCGCCUCCUCGAGUUGAUUUGGGUUAUGCCGUCUACCAGGGUAUCUACAACACCACCGUCAACCUGAACAUAUUUAAAAGCGUCCGAUAUGCUGCUCCGCCAGUGGGCAAGCUGCGAUGGCAAGCUCCCCGAGAACCCCCAAAAGCCACGACCCCAAAUCGCGUCGUUCCGGCCGUUGAUCAGCCUCCCUGGUGCCCGCAGUCAGGAGCCUUUGGCGUGCCUCUGAUAUACGGCUUCAACUCCAACCUCGGCAAUGAGGAUUGUCUGUAUCUCAACGUCUACGCUCCGCCGCAAGCCGAGAACUUGCCCGUCUUUGUUUGGAUCCAUGGCGGCGGUUAUUCCGUCUUCUCCGCCACUUACGACCCCAGUUCCAUGAUGAGGACCAACAACAACAGCUUCAUCGUCGUCGAAACCCAGUAUCGCCUGGGCGCAUUCGGCCAGCUAGCUUCAGCCGAUGUUCAUCAACACGGCAAGCUCAAUGCCGGACUCCUGGAUCAGCGCUUCGCCCUCGAGUGGGUGCAAAAGCACAUUUCCAAGUUUGGCGGCGACCCAUCGCGCGUGACUCUGGGCGGCGAAUCGUCUGGUGCUGGAUCUGUCAUGUAUCAGUCGUUGGCGUAUGGGGGUGAAGAGUCUGGGCUCUUCAACAACCUCAUCUUGGCAAGCACUUACGUUCCCCCAAUUUACCCCUUCAGCCACCAUAUUCCCACCAGUCACUACAACGACUUUGCUGAAGCCGCUGGCUGUGGACAGGGCUCUGCUGCUCUGAGAAAGCACUCGAGUGUAUUCGACUGCCUCGUCGCCGCCGACACCAACGUCCUGCAAAAUGCUAGCGGCCUCGUAUCGACUUCUACGGGCUAUUUUGGGAGUUUCGCCUGGCUCCCAGUCGUCGACGAGGACAUGAUCCAGCAACGGCCCUCGGAACAGCUUCAGUGCGGCAAAGUCAGCGGCAAGCGAGCUUUGAUCGGAACCAAUGCAAACGAGGGCGUCCCCCUGACGAAUCCCAACAUCACCACCAAGCCGGAAUUCGACGCCUUCAUCUCCUCCACCCUCCCUUUCCUCACCCACGCCGACAUCCUAUCCCUCAACCGCAUCUACGACACGGCCACCGCCCAGCCGGGCGACAACGGAACCCGCUUCGACACAUACGGCGACGUCGGCCCUACGGCAAACACCGUCUCGGGAAUGGCCACGGGCAUCCAGCAGACGGCCUUCAACGUAGCCGCCGAGUCCAUCUUCCACUGCCCGUCGCAAUGGAUCGCCGAAGCCUUCAGCUCGCCGACCUCAGGGCGCCGCGCAUGGAAGUACCAGUACUCGCUCGACCCGGCGUACCACGGCGCGGAUCUCGGCGCCUACUUUGCCAGCAACGGCUUCCCGAAUCCUGGUUUCCAGCACAGCUUCCACAGGAUAUGGGGCAAUUUCAUCGUCGGAGGCAGUCCUGUUAUUUCCGUCGACGACGCAACUGCGGGAGCCGAGAAUGCCACGGUGCCUGUUAAUGCCAGCCACCCGGGGAUGGUUUCGUGGCCGCAGUAUAGCGAGCAGAGCCCAACGUUUAUGAAUCUCAAUACGACGGGAGGUGAGGUGUCGUUGGUGACGGUGACGGACGAGCUGAGCUACUAUGUGCGCCAUGGAGAAGGCAUCGUCAAUACGUUUCGCCUGGCUAAUGGGAGGAGCUGGGAGGGUGGACGUGGGGAGAGAUGCGGAUUCUGGCGAGCUGUUGCGCCAAGAGUGCCCAACUAA